UUUCCCUCGUAGAAAACAACAGAUUCCUAUAAUUAAAUAAGGUUGGAGGAGGUGAGUGAGAGAGAGUGAUUUCACAUAUGAUAGUUUUUGGAGCUUUUUGCAGUGAUCUUUUUGGGUUAAUUAUGCCUCCCUUCCUCUCUCUCUUCUCCUUCCUACUCAUACAUGUAUUUUUUUCUUAAUAGAGGGGAAUUGAGAUUGUGAAGAGAGGGCAUAGUAGUAGGUGUGUGUGUGUGUGUUUUGUUUCGCUUUGUCUUGUUUGCUAUUUCUAUUUUUCUACUUGGAUAUGUCUUUCUUUUUUCCUCUGUUACCUCUCUCUUCUAUCUUCUCCACCUCCUCACUCCCUUUGUCUCCUCCAAUACCAAAUCCAAUUCCACUAAACAUCUUUUACUCCUCAUCAUCAUCCUCGUAGCAGCUUUCAGCUUAAAGAAAUCAACAACCCUUCAAGCUUCUGUCUCGAAUCAGAGUUCAAGAUAUAAAAAAAACAUAGUUUACUUGCAGAAAUAGAAGCGACGCUGCUGACAAUAUGGUUUUGGGUUGGCGACGAGCAUUUUGCACUUCAAUCCCCAAGGAUAAAGACCCGGACUCCCCAAUCAUCAAAGACAAAUCGGAUCCCAGUCCCAGGCUGGCCUCCAGAUUUGGUGGGUUUUUCUCCAACCCCUCUACGCCGCGCCUCCAGUCUCAGCCUGUGUCUGGCCUGGCCCUCCGCUGUAGAACCAACUCUGAGUCAGUGGUGGCGCAGCCUAAUGCCGCAGUGCCCAGCCAGUCGGAGCCACAUAGCCCAAGACUUCAAUGCAAAACCAGAAAUAGUCCUAGACUCUUUCACCACCGCUCCGCUCCUUCUUCACCUCGCUCUCCCUCCACCUUUUCUUUGAUCAAAACCAGCCUGCGCCUCUCAAAGCAGAGUAGGUGUGGGAUAUGCUUACAGAGCGUGAAAACAGGACAAGGGACGGCCAUAUUCACGGCGGAGUGCAGCCACAGCUUCCAUUUUCCAUGUAUCGCGGCGCACGUGAAGAAGCAGGGAUCCCUCUCGUGCCCCGUUUGCAACUUCACAUGGAAGGAAAUGCAUCUUUUCAGUGAUGAUCAUCACCAGAAACCCUUGCACCAGCAAGGCCAAAAGAGAGGCGAUACACCGGCGAGAGAUUCCAACUCCAAGAACGAUAAAAGAAGCGUUUUGAAGGUCUAUAAUGAUGAUGAGCCACUGUCUUCUCCCACUUCGGGUGCCCGCUUCAAUCCUAUACCCGAAUCAGAUGAGACCGAAGAGGAAAGUGAGGAAUUCCCCGGUUUCUUCGUGGCAAACAAUGUUGUUCCAGCUGAGAUGACGAAGACAACAAGGAAUGUGGAGGUCUCUCUGUUGUCGGAAACGGCGGUGGUUUCAGUUGGGAAGACGAGCGAGACUUACGCUGUCGUUUUAAAACUCAAAGCCCCGGCGGCGCCUCUGCGUAGAGCUCCUAUCGAUUUGGUUACAGUACAGCUGAUGAAGAGAGUGAUGAGAACGGUGGUCUCAUCUCUUUCCGCCGCCGACCGCUUGUCCAUCGUGGCCUUCUCCACGACGUCGAAACGGCUGUUGCCGCUGCGUAGAAUGACCACUGCUGGCAGGAGAUCCGCUCGUAGAAUUAUUGAUGCAAUCGUCUCGUUGGACGGUGGAGCCACCUGCGCCACCGACUCGCUUAAGAAGGCUGCUAAGGUUAUCGAGGACCGUCGUGAGAGAAACCCCGCCGCAAGCAUCCUGCUUUUCUCCGAUGGUCACCGCAGUGGCCCUCGCGUCACUUCCUCACGCUUCUCCCACUUGGAAAUCCCUGUGCAUUCCGUCAACUUAAGUGCGUGCCUGAACGCGCCGCCCGACGACACUUUCGCAAAAUGCAUUACUGGUUUAUUCAGCGUGGUAAUGCAAGAUCUGAAAGUUCAGCUGGGUUUCGUAACCGGGUCGGCUCCGGCGGAGAUCUCGGCCGUGUACUCAUACACGGGUAAACCAUCAUUUGUUGGGUCCGGGUCAAGCUGGUGCCGGGUCGGGGACUUCUACUCGGAAGAGGAGAGAGAAUUGUUGAUAGAGUUGAAGGUCCCAUCAUCAUUGGGAGGGGCCCAUCGGCAUCUGUCCGUUCGUUGCUCCUACAAAGACCCGUCAACUCAAGAAACCAUAUACGACAAGGAACGCCCCCUCUUGAUUCCCCGGCCACGCGCCGUCGGCUCCUCCACUAGGGACAUUCAACGCCUCAGAUGCCUCUUCGUAACAACACGCGCCGUCGCCGAGAGCAGGAGACUGGCCGAAAGGAACGACGCAGCCGGCGCUCACCACAUGUUGGCCUCAGCCCGGGCUCUCGUUCUACAAUCGGGUUCGGGUUGCGGGGAGGAGUUUGUGCGGGGACUGGAAGCCGAGCUGGCGGAGUUGAAUUGGAAGAGGCAGGAUGCGCAGUUUCCACCGAGGAGGAGGUACAACCACGAAAGAGAAACAGCCUUUCCGGACGAGAAAGCCGAGCCACUCACGCCAACAUCGGCAUGGAGGGCGGCUGAGCGGCUGGCUAAAGUAGCCAUCAUGAGAAAGUCCUUGAAUAGAGUCAGCGACUUACAUGGCUUUGAGAAUGCAAGAUUUUAAGUUUCUUUUUACUUUUUUUGUAUUAAAAUAAAAUUUCAAAAGUAUAAAUGUAUAAAUAUUAAAACCCAAAAAAAAAAAAAGGAAAAUAGAGAGUGGAGAAAGCCCACACAGUAUUAUUUGAUGGUGGGGUAGGAUUGAUGGAGGGGUCUCUCAGCUUUUUGUCUUUAUUUUACUUUGCUCUAUUAUUUUUUAUUAUUAUUAUUUUAGUGUUUUCCGCUUUUUCUAUUUAAGUUAUGAAACUAAAAUAAAUGGAGAUGGAGAAUGUAUGAUAUGAUAUGACAUGUGAUGUCUAAUAGAUAUAUAA